GGAGCGGGGUCCGCCCCCGCGGCGCCCGGAGCUGCGCGGGGUCGAGUGACCCGCGGCCGCGCUGAGCCGGGGCGCGGCCCGCGAGCUGCAGGUGUGUGGCUGCUGGAAGAGGCGGCUCCCCCAGACAUGUCGGCAAGCUCCGUGGCCCCUCUGCUACCUCGCUACCCUGGACACUGGGAGCUGGCCCCAGCCUCAUUUUCUUCAGCCACACCUCAUUAGUCCUAAUGUGCUGAUUGGAAGACCAUAGGAAGGGGCGGGCAUGGGAGCAGAGCAGGCUCCCAGCGGCCCUCAGGGGCCUAGCAGUUGAUUGCCUCUGUCUCCCUUCCUCUGGCAGAAGGCCAGGGAGCUGGAGCUUUGUUAUCUGGGUAAUUUGCUUCAGAGCUUGGACUGAAGCCUCCCAGGUCUUAAGGCCACUUCCUAAAGGCUGUGCACCCUGACCCCAGGAAGGAGGAGAGGAGUUGCAGGUGCACAGCCCUGCUGGCUGAGCAGCUGAGACAUCAGGCUUGCCUGGGGAACGGCUGCACCACCCGCUCGCCCUCCUCGCUCGGGCUGUGCUGGACCUGGGUACAGCGUAGGGCCUCCUGACCCAGCCUUGCCAGGGCAAAGGGCACCAAGCCUUGGAAAGGGGAUGCCCCCAAGGGUGCCAGUUCAGCCAGCUGCCCCACCCCUCAGGCCCAGCCUGGCCCCCAAGUCCCCCACUGAGGUGCCCCAAGAAGUCCUGUGGGCAGACGUCUCCCACCAUGGCCGAGCACCUGGAGCUGUUGGCAGAGAUGCCCAUGGUGGGCAGGAUGAGCACCCAGGAGCGGCUCAAACAUGCCCAGAAGCGCCGUGCCCAGCAGGUGAAGCUGUGGGCCCAGGCUGAGAGGGAGGCCCAGGGAAGGAAGGGCCCUGGCGAGCAGUCCCAGAAGGAGGCAGCCGGCCAGGACCAGCAGAAGCAGGUUCUCUUCCCUCCCAGUGUCGUCCUUCUGGAGGCUGCUGCCCGGAGCGACCUGGAGGAAGUCCUCCAGCUCCUCAAGAGUGGGGUCAGCCCUGACCUGGCCAACGAAGACGGCCUGACCGCGCUGCACCAGUGCUGCAUCGAUGACUUUCAAGAGAUGGUGCAGCAGCUGCUGGAAGCUGGGGCUGACGUUAAUGCUCGAGACAGUGAGUGCUGGACACCGCUGCAUGCUGCAGCCACCUGUGGCCACCUGCAUCUUGUGGAGCUCCUCAUUUCCAGUGGUGCGGAUCUCCUGGCAGUAAACACUGAUGGAAACAUGCCUUACGACCUGUGUGAGGAUGAGCAGACUCUGGACUGCCUGGAGACAGCCAUGGCUAACCGUGGUAUCACCCAAGAGAGCAUUGAGGAGGCCCGGGCAGUGCCAGAGCUCCACAUGCUGGAUGACCUCCAGAGUCUGCUGCAUGCUGGGGCUGACCUCAAUGAGCCCCUGGAUAAUGGGGCCACGCUGCUGCACAUCGCUGCUGCUAACGGGUUCAGUGAGGCAGCUGCCCUGCUGCUGGAGCACGGAGCCAGCCUGAGCGCCAAGGACCAGGAUGGCUGGGAGCCGCUGCAUGCCGCAGCGUACUGGGGCCAGGUGCACCUGGUGGAGCUGCUGGUGGCACUCGGUGCCGACCUGAAUGGAAAGUCGCUGCUGGAUGAGACACCCCUCGACCUGUGUGGGGACGAGGAGGUGAGGGCGAAACUCCUGGAGCUGAAGCACAAGCAGGACGCACUCCUUCGAGCCCAGGGCCGGCAGCACUCCCUGCUGCGCCGGCGGACCUCCAGUUCAGGCAGCCGUGGGAAAGUAGUAAGGCGAGUGAGCCUGACCCAGCGCACAAACCUGUACCGCAAGGAACACGCCCAGGAGGCCAUUGUGUGGCGGCAGCCACCACCCACCAGUCCUGAGUCACCUGAGGAAGACGAGGACCGUCAGACAGACGCUGAGCUCUGCCUGCAGCACCCAGAGGAGGACCCUAAGGACCCCAAGCCUGCCGGGACACACAAUGGCCGCGCAGGGCUCCCCCCAGGAAGGCACCUGUACUCCAAGAGGCUGGACCGGAGCGUAUCCUACCAGCUGAGCCCACUGGAGAGUAUCGCUCCUGAUGCCGCUGUCCGGGACAGGACUCACCACACCCUGGCACAGCUCAAGCGUCAGCGAGCUGCUGCCAAGCUGCAGCGGCCAACCUCCGAGGGGCCUCAGGUCCCCGUGGUCAGCCUGCAGGACUCUGAGAACUCUCAGCCUGAUGGUGGCCCCAGGGCCGUGGGGGACCCACCUCUGCUCAGGCUCACAGCCCCCUCCGAGGAGGCCCCUGUGGAGAAGAGGCCAUGUUGUCUGCUCAUGUGAGGGGCUGAGGGACCCCCCGGCCGCUGCUCUGGAGCCCCCCGGGGGGAUGUCCCCGGCCGCUGCUCUGGAGCCCCCGGGGGGGGGGGGGACCCCUGGCCGCUGCAGGGCGUCCCCUGGUGCUGCUCUGGAGCCCCCCGGGGGGGCGUCCCCUGGUGCUGCUCUGGAGCCCCCAGGGGGGGGGGGACCCCUGGCCGCUGCAGGGGACGGCCAGCACAGCGCCUCUCCUGGCUCCGGCUGCCCUCUCAGGGAUGGACCUGUGGGCUCGAAGGCCGCAAAGGCCGUUUGUCCUGAGACUUGAUAAAGGCUGCCUACCCCCAAGCCUUCCUGUGUGUCUCUGGGGAGGGGCAGGUGGUGCAUCUGGGUUAGGGGCCUCCAUGCCUGUGGGUGCAUGCUAGGGCUUGCAGGAGGCAGCGCAUGUGUGGGAGAACUUUAGACACAGGCGAGAAGCUUAGUCUCCAUCCACACCCUCCCUGGCUGCAAGCUGCUUCUUGUAGGCUCCUUUGUAACUCUGCUUUCCUGAGGACAGCAGGGGACUUUAGAACCAGGG